CUCUUCUGUCGGGUUCAUCUCGUUUCUCAAGUCUAUCAUCGGUUAAGUCAGAUCAUCAAUGCCGCCAUCAAGCUAUGCUGCUUUGCAGCCUCCAAACGAAGAGGGAGAGAAACCAGUAACCGUACUGGUCACUGGAUUUGGUCGAAAGUACCCAAGAACUCUUCCUGGGAUAUCGCUUCUACACUUCCAGCUCUGUUACCAAAGUCAUCCAACAACCAAACUCCGAUCAACAUACACGUUCAUCAUGAGCCUAUCCGCGUAGCAUAUAACACUGUCGUCAAUCUCGUUCCCCAGCUUCUUCCACCAGCCAAUCCUCUCUAUCCCUCCCCAGAUAUUGUGCUGCACAUCGGUCUAGCAGCCGGACGAAACUACUUCGCCAUCGAGCAAGGAUCCCACAGUCAUGGGUACGGGAAGAUUCCGGACGUAGACGGCCAACGGUUCGAAGACUCUGCAGCAGAGGAGCAUUUCCCAUCUUCAAGAUACCCACAUAAAUUAAAGACUAGCUUCGAUACAUCUGACGUCCUUGCGCGCUGGAAAGCGAACUUGGGAAACACAUCUGCCAACGGCACUAAAAACAAUGAAGGAUGCACUGACGUGCGCAUCAGCACCGAUGCCGGAAACUUCUUGUGCGGCUUCAUCUACUACAACAGCUUGGCGCAUUAUUUUAAUAUCAAGGAGGAUGAGAGACCCGUCAUUUUCCUACAUGUCCCUGACUUGAGCAGCAGUGAGGAUAAGCUAAAAGAAGGAUGGGAAGCUACAGUCGCUUUGAUCAAAGCGCUAGUCGAGAGCAGACAGGAAUCAGGCGGCAAGGUCGUCGAUGGGGACAAGAAGGAUGGAGAACCGGAGAAUGACAAAAAGGAAGAGCAGACGGACAAUAACUUCACAGCUACCCACAUCCUUAGUCUCGCCAACUACACAUCCCAUCACCUCGUUCCCCUCACCCUAAAGCCCUCUACUCCACUCCUACCCUCCUCUCUCCGUCUCCGUACCGUCAUUAUCAGUCUGACAACGAAUAAUUUCUCCUACGCACGCCUCGGCCAUCUAAUGGGCUGGUACUCUACGUAUCCGCUCCCCACUACGACACCCGCUCCGUAUGACGAUUCUGCAAGGUACGGCCGCGUUGCAGCAUGGGGCUAUGCCGAGAUUCUAGACAGCACUGUCGAAGGCAUUGAGAAAGGAAUGAGUGUGUAUGGCUAUCUUCCCAGUAGCACAGAGUGGGAGGAUAUAACCGUAGAAAAGGCUAAAGAUACACGGGAUGGGAGUGUGAUUGACGACCAAGUUAUUGUGACAGACGCACAUAGACAGCAUCUGUGGAAGAUCUAUAACCGGUAUCGAAUUUGUGGUCCGCUUCCUAAGUUGGCUGAUCAGACUGAGCGAAAAGACGAGUUGGGCUGGAGUGCGCUGAUGAUGGGUCUUUUCACAGUUGCGCAUAACCUCUGCAAUUAUGUUUUCCCUCCACAGAAAGUAGAUGGAGGGAUGAGGAAACAGACGAGCCGGAUACAUCCCACAGGAAAUGGGGAGUGGAGCGUCGAAGACGCAGACUUGAGAGAUGCGAUAGUCGUUGUGCUAAAUGCGAGUGGUAAGACGGCAUCUUGUUUUGCGUAUGUUCUUCGACACUGUCGACCCGCUGAGCACCAACCUGCUCGUAUUAUCGGCAUUGGAUCUACAGCCUCUAUUGAGGUCAUCAGGAGAACUGGAUGGUACGACAACGCAGUUCCCUAUGACAUUUUCGACGAUACUGCCAUGGAGAUCAAAAACUCGAAUUCGAAACGUAUCGUUUUCUUCGAUUUUGGCGCCCGACCUGGAGCAAACGCGAAAUGGCGAUCCGCUCUUUCUUCACUCUCGCCCACUGUCCCUUUUACACUAGUGACAGUUGGUGGUGAGGUCGCACCUCAAGAUCCGGAAAAGGCCACGCAACGGCUCGCUAACAGAGCUUCCUUGAACAUUGUCAACGCGGGCUUGUUGCAAGAAAAGGGUAUUGAGACUGCUGGAGGCAUGUAUUUUGAUAAUGUGUAUGCUGCGUUUCAGGUGUUCUGGAGACAGGCCAGAGAGGUAGGAAUGUUGGAGUUGAAGUGGGGUGAGGGGCUAGAUGACUGGGAACGAGGCUGGGAGAUGCUAUGUAGGGAUGAGGUCAAAGCUGAUGUGGGCCUGGUGUACAGUAUCUAG